CGUGUAUAGAAACAGAAUAAUAUCAAGAACAAAAUAGAAAAAAGAUUCUAAAGUUUCUAUUUUUAAGGAAUGGCCCAAAAUGAAUAUAGUUGCUAUUUUUUAAAAACGGAGGGAGUAUAAUAGUACAAUUUUAUAAGAGUUGUGUAGAACAAAAUUGAGGAAACGCAAAUCUUUUUCCCCACAUCUUUCCCAAGUUUUCCUUCUAAGAUACAUGGAAGCAAAUAUUUUCUCAUGCUUAACUUACAACCAAUUAAUUCAAUACUUAUAAGAAAAGUUAUCCACACAAUUAUAAAAGGUGAAAAAGUAUCAUUAGUCCUCUUCGAUCCGUCCAUGAAAUCGUAAAUUAAGCCUCUCUACCAAGUCAAAAGUUGGAAGAAACUAGGAUAUACACAUUCAUCAUAAGAGCUGAUAAAGUUGGAUGAAGAUCAAACUUCAUUCCAAAAUCAAGACCUUGUUCUCAUCCAAUUCGACCGAACCAAAUGAACCGAACCCAGAAAUUUUGGACAUACGCGAAGAAUACGCUAAAGCUUUUCGGACGGAAUCUUACACUGAUUUUUGGACCCACGUUCUUGCCUUAAACCGAGGGCAGGUCACCCCUCACAGAAGUCUGGGCUCCAAAACAGCGGCUCGGCUGCCUUCGUACCGGCUGUUCGCGGAGAAUCUGUUGGAUCCGGAUCAGCCCACUGUAAAACGGAUCCUGAGCACGACCCGGAUCCACCCAAAGAUUUCACCUCUCUUGACCGACUACUUCGGCACUACCUCUUGUGCUUCUCAUCUUUGCGGGCUUCUCCUCAAAGAUAUUAACCACAUAAGGAAGAAAUUCAAAUCCUUGGAAGACCCAUCGAAAACAAACCAUUUACCCGUAGUGGUGACCUUAUUCUCAAGAUCCAGCCCCUUCUCCUUGCUAGGCGCAUCGAUGAGCCGUCUCCGAGCCGUGCAAGCCGGUUGCUCCGACCUGCUCAGACAGCUCGAGUCACGCCGCGACAAGGCGCUGCUGAAGCUCCGACGCCUCAAGAAGGUGAAGCUCGGGUCAGCUCUUCUCCUGGUGGCCGUCACGGCUUCGCUGGUGGUGGUCGUGGCGGCUCAUGCUUUGGUGAUGCUGGUGGCCGCGCCCGCCGUGAUGGUGGAGCUGGCUUCGAUGGAGGAGCUGGGUAGGUGGUCGGCUCAGCUGGACACGGCGGCUAAGGGGACUUACAUACUGAUCAGGGACUUGGACACGAUAGGGCGGCUGGUGGCUCGGCUUAACAACGAGCUGGAGCGGGUGGAUGGGUUGGUGCAACUGUGGGUGCAGAGAAGGGAUGAUGGGCUGCAAGGUAGCGAGGAAGUGGCUUGCCAGCUGAAGAAGAAUAACCAGAGCUUCAUGGAGCAGUUGGAUGAGUUGGAAGAGCAUUUGUACUUGUGUUUCAUGACCAUAAAUAGAGCCAGAAACCUUGUUCUCAAACAAAUUCUGGAUUCUGCCACUCUCAAUUCAUCACAUAACUAGCCUAUCAAUAUCUCUCAAUAUUUAUUCAUAUAACUAUCAUUAUUUACAUUACA